AUGGCAACCCCACCACCAGAUCCUCCUGAACGAUCUCGACGUCCAUCCAAGCCGUGCGAGCCUCAAAUGACCAACGGGCACUGCAGGACUCAGCCUCCGGCCUCUACCUCGCCCGACCACGCGACCUCCUUUUCCACUCCAGACCAAGGCACACACAGCACACGACCACCACCCCCUCCCCGCAUCAGCCCUCAGCACACAGCUGAGUAUGCGCGCGGCCGCACCGAGUACAUUUACCGCGAACGCGGAGCAGACUACGCCUUCACGCUCGCGACCAACUCGUACGCCGUCCCCGGUACCGGCAGCAUCUACGUCCGCCAUGUGCAGUCGACCUUUGCAGCGCCCAUCCCCGAGGGCGAGCAUGUGCGCGUCCAAGCCAUGCGCGAAAGACCUCGCAACGAGCGCGACAUCUCACCCCUGUCCCUCACCCGUCCCAUGCUCGAGGAUGAGCCGCCCAGCAACCCCGCGCCACGCCGUCGCUCACCCGAGUCGCGGCUCCGCGUGCCUCGCUCACGUACGAGUGAGAGUCCAACUACAGUCCUCGAGAGAGGUCGUAUGCGCUCCCAGACCGACAGAGUGUCGUCGCCCGAACCAGAAUCAGAACCCAUGGUUGGAAUGGAUGUCGAUCAAAUCGGACAUGCCGAUGCCGCCGCGUCUGAAAGUCAAGUAACCAGCGAUCACCUCGAGCUGUCCCGCGUCACCCCAGAGUAG